AUGAAAAACAAAGGUAAAGGUGCUCAAGUUGAAGAAAUUGAUGAUGUAGAAGAUGAUGAUGAAGAGGAAGAUGAAGAAGAAGAUGAUGAGGAUAUUAAGAAAGAUGAUGUAGAUGAUGUGUUUUCUGCAAAUAGUGAUCAUGAUGAUGAUGACAAUGAUGACGAUAAUCAAGGUUCUACAGGCAUCAAAGUUACUGAAGCGUCUACUGAAGAAAAUAUUGAUGAUUAUCUUCAUGAUGAUGCCAAUGAAGAACCUGAGAAUGCUGAAAGUGAGGGGGAGCAUGAUGAUACAAAGAAUGUUGAUGAAAGUGAUGAUCAUGUGUCAAGAUUGAUUCUUCGUCUUGAACACGGUGUUGAGGAAGGGGAAAUUCUGCAUACUUAUACUCUAGCAGAGAUCAUCAAGAUGACACAUGUAGAAGAAAAUGAGUUCAAGGUUGAAGUUGAGGAUUGGAGUGACGAAGAACAGUCUGAAAGUGCUCACGUUGAUACUACUAACUUUCCGACGCUUGCUGAAUUCUUCAGUCAAGCAAAUGAAGAUGAGUUAAGAAGGAAAAUUGAAGAAUGUGUGAAGAAUAAAAGUUUUGAUGAAAUGUCAAAAGAUGAGCAUCGUGAAGAAAGAAAGAAAUGUUGGGGAUAUUUGCCGCAAGUGAACGCAUAUGCAAUUCGACAAGAGUUUGGAAUUCAGUAUUUCACGUAUAUCCAAGACAUUAUGUCUUUUCCAUGGUGGGACGUUGAAGAACUACCCAAAGUCCGAACUUUGUCUUAUCCUGUCAGGGAGCGUGAUAUGCCUACUUGGGGCCUAAUGAAGUCUGAAGCGUUUAAAGAUUUUAAGCACUGGAAGCCUCAUCAACCAAAGAAAGUAAAUAAGAUUGAUCCAGUGACAGGAAUAGAAGAAACGAUCUUGCAGAUUAAAAAGCCCAGGGUGUUGAAGAAUAUCCCGUUGCUAAAAAUGGAACAGGAUUUUCACAAAGGAUUCUUAUGUUGGAAAGGAAUCAAUUAUGAAAAUGCAUGGUCGACUAAGCGGAGGAAGAUUGAGAAAGAGGAAGCUCUUAAAGCUGAAAAAGAAAGAAAGGAACGUGAAGAGCUUAGAGGUAAAUGGAUGAAGAUGCAAGCUAAAGAAAAGCUGAAAGCGGCUAAAGAGAAUGAAAGACUGAAGAGUUUGUUGAAGAGAAAGCCGAAGCAGAGAGAAGAAAAGUUGAACUCUCUGUGA